AUGGUGGGGGAGAUUUUGCAGAUAGAUAACAUUUACCAACAGUUUCCCAAGCUCCGACUGCAUGAAGAAAAGGUCAUUAAAGAUCGGCGGCACCACCUCAAGACGUACCCAAACUGCUUUGUUGCCAAAGAGCUGAUCGACUGGCUGAUUGACCACAAAGAGGCCUCAGACCGAGAGACGGCAAUUAAACUGGUGCAGAAAUUACUGGAUCACAGCAUCAUCCACCAUGUCUGUGAUGAGCAUAAGGAAUUCAAGGAUGUAAAACUGUUCUACCGCUUCCGAAAAGAUGACGGGACAUUUCCACUGGACAACGAGGUGAAGGUGUUCAUGAGAGGACAAAGACUGUAUGAAAAGCUGAUGAGUUCUGAAAAUACCCUUUUGCAAGCCAGGGAAGAGGAAGGAGUCAAGUACGAACGGACCUUUGUAGCAUCGGAGUUCAUUGACUGGCUGAUCCAGGAAGGAGAGGCCACGACACGGAGCGAAGCAGAGCAGCUCGGCCGCAGGCUUCUGGAGCAUGGGAUUAUACAGCAUGUGUCCAACAAGCACCAUUUUAUGGACAGCAACUUGCUCUACCAGUGCAGAAUGAAUUUCCGCCGCCGGCGGCGAUUAAUGGAGCUCGUCACCGAGAAAUCUCGCUUGAUGCCAGAAAGCCAUGACAGCCCGUUUUGCCUGCGCAAGCAGAACCAUGACAACAGAAAACACACCAGUUUUCUCUCAGUGAGUCCCACCAAGGAGAUAAAGAUCGUGUCGGCAGUACGGAGGAGCAGCAUGAGCAGCUGUGGCAGCAGUGGGUACUUCAGCAGCAGCCCAACACUCAGCAGCAGCCCCCCCGUGCUCUGCAACCCCAAAUCCGUACUAAAGAGAUCCGUGACUGCUGAUGAGCUCUUGAUGCCUGGAGCACCAUAUGUAAGAAAAACUUUUACGAUUGUGGGUGACGCGGUGGGCUGGGGCUUCGUGGUGCGGGGCAGCAAACCCUGCCACAUCCAGGCCGUGGACCCCAGCGGGCCGGCAGCCGCGGCUGGGAUGAAGGUUUGCCAGUUUGUGGUGUCUGUCAAUGGCCUCAAUGUUCUCCAUGUGGAUUACAGGACAGUGAGCAACCUCAUUCUGACUGGCCCUCGGACGAUUGUGAUGGAAGUGAUGGAAGAAAUAGAGUCCUGA